AGAGCAGGCUGGGGACCAUGGAGGGGCGGACCCGAGCUUUUGCACAGACAACCCCGUAACAAAAACGCUUCCAUGUCUAUAACAGUCGCCUCGCAGAGUGCUAUAGACGCGUCGGGACAUGCAAAUAGUCUCUGGAGCGAGCUGUGAGGAGGACGCGCCAUGUGAGAAGGGGACACAGCCAGAUGACAGUCUUGAGACAUGACGAUCUGAGUGUGAGAAAAUGUGUUCGCUAUGGAGCCUCAAGAACCCCUGAGACACACAGUUCCCUCUCCCCCACUGCCCCUCACCACCCCCAGCACGUGAGGGUGUGGUUGGUGUGGGAGGUGUGGACAGCCGUUGCCAACAUGAUACGUCUCCGCAGGCCAUCCAGCCUCCUCUGGGCUGCUGGUCUCACUGUCAUGUUCUUCUUUUACAUUGCUGUGCCUUCCAGCAACUCUCAAACAGACUCGUGUCACUGUAGUCAGCAUCAGCACAGUCUCUCCUCCGGUGUUCAGCACAAGUCAUUCUCCAAAGACAAGCACAAGGUGGCUCUGCUCAUCCCAUUUAGAGAUCGCUUUGAAGAGUUAGUUGAGUUUGUUCCACACAUUCAUAACUUUCUAAGCAGCCAGCACAAAAACCAUCACAUUUUCAUUAUUAAUCAGGUCGACAACCUUCGCUUUAACCGAGCCUCUCUGCUCAACGUGGGCUUCUUGGAGUCGGGUGUAGACUGUGACUAUGUUGCCAUGCAUGACGUUGAUCUCCUACCUGUGAAUACAGCACUGAUUUACCAGUUCCCGGAUGAGGGCCCGUACCACGUUGCUGCCCCACACCUGCAUCCAAGAUACCAUUACCCAACAUUUAUUGGUGGUAUUCUUUUGGUUAGAAGGGAGCACUUCCGGCAGGUGGACGGCCUCAGCAACAAGUACUGGGGUUGGGGCCUCGAGGAUGACGAGUUCUACGCAAGACUCAAAGAAGCUAAAUUGGAAAUAUUCCGCCCGGGCAACCUCACCUCAGGAAUCAAAGACACCUUCAGGCACAUCCAUGAUCGGCGGCGGCGACGGCGGGACAUGGUUAAGUGUUACAACCAGCAGGAAGUGACGCGCCACCGUGACCGCCAAACUGGCCUCUCCACAGUCAAGUACAGUGUCCAGAGUAGGAGGGAGAUGACCAUUGACGGUGCUCCCUUCACUCUGCUGAAUGUCGUGCUGGAGUGUGACAAGGAGGUCACUCCCUGGUGUGACUGCACAGAGAAUGUUGGAAAUACUCCAAGGUCACAACAGUCUUUCUCAAAGUCAGAAGAUGUUAUUGUUCCUAAGUUGAAUCGUAAGAAACAUUUAAGUCAGGAUGGCUGAGCCAUUGUUAACGUCCUCCAACAAGGAGGAAAGUUGGAGAUUCCAUUGCCAUUUUAUAUUAUUAUAUUACUGUUAUGAUGUAAUUAUAACAAUGUUAAUACAAUAAAAUUUAAAAGUAAU